AACCCCCCACCCAAAAUCUGACUACCAAGAAGCCCGCAAAGCAUCAUUACUCAACACUCAUAACUCAGAAUCGAAAGAAUAAAUCACAAAUAUGUCCAUAACCGAGGAAAAUGACAGACCCGACCCGUCCGCUAAACGGGGCACCCAGAAACGUUCCCGCCAGCGCGAUACCGCAUUCCGCGGGGUUCGAAAACGCAGCUGGGGACGCUACGUCUCCGAGAUCAGAAUGCCCGGCCAGAAAACCCGUGUAUGGCUCGGCUCAUUCGGCUCGCCUGAGAUGGCGGCUCGUGCAUACGACUCCGCCGCUUUCUUCCUCAAAGGAAACUCCGCCACCCUCAAUUUCCCCGACCUUGUUCACUCGCUGCCUCGCCCUCUCUCGUCGUCCAGGCGUGACAUACAGUCGGCGGCGGCCAAAGCGGCCGUGGAGGUGGCGGAUGCACGGAGCGGGCAUGACCCGACCGGGUCACCCGGGAAGGCAGAUUCGGUGGAGUGGUGGGAAGGUUUGUUGGGAGAAGAGGAAGAGUCAGAGUCGGUUUGGAGAACGACGUGGUUUGAGGAUGUGAAGGAAUGUGGUCCUAUGAAUCUCAGUCCUGCAGGUUCCGUUGGAGAAUUGACAUGGAACGAAGUCUUCAAUUUCAACGACGACGUUCUGUUAUUCUCCUAAAUAUCAAAUAUUAAUUCUACUACCAUCUUCGUUUUGUUUUAUUAACGUAAGGGUAGCUCCGCAGUUAGUCCUACAAACACUGUAAGUAAAUUUUAAAAUGUAGUUUCUUGCACUUACUUCUUAGGCACCUAGUGUAUGUAAAGUGUGUUGUUGUUGUUUUUUUUUUUUUUUUUUUUGGAAAGGAGACAAUCAUGAUGUAAAUCUAAAGUUUCACGUCAGUUGAAAAAGGAACGAAACGUGUUAUAAGGAUACCUCUUCUGUGCACACGUUUUGAUCGUGAGCCUUAAUAGUUAAUAGGAAUGAAAUGUAAAGGCUCAUAGUCAUAUCCACUAGUAAUUUUUAUCCCUAAUUGUAAGUUGCAAAUGUGUUUAUUUUUAUUUCUCUGAUAAAUACCUAAUUUGGCCCUGUCCAUUUCCAUUGUGGAGAGCGUCUAACCAUAAAAAAUGGUUUGUCAAUUUCUACCAAUAAGUAUGCCGCAUCUUAUGUUUUUAUGCCAGACGGUUAGUCCCUCCCUUAAAUGAUUCGUUCCCCUUAACCAACAGGCUCAUGUAGUCGCUUGGAGAGAAUGGAUUUAUUAGUAUACACACCUUUUUUUUUUUAAUGUUAAAAAACUCGUUCGUAAACAGCCUAGCAUUUCAAGUUAAAAGUUAAAACAGUAUGGACAACUACCU